CGACCUCUUACCUUUGACCAUAUCAAGAGCAUUACGAGUCUUCCUCUCCUCCUCCAUAUUCGACUACGUCUUGCCUAUCGUCCCGAACAAGCAACAUGUCCUUCAUCUCCACCCGAAUCGCCAGGUCCAGCUUGCACCAGCUUGGAGCUCAAAGGCAGGUACUCCGAACCUCGCAGACAGCGGUUCGAAUGCUCUCUAAGAGCGCUGUGGUCAGGGACGCCGAGUAUGAGAAGCACAGAAUUCAGGCCAACCCGCCUACCAUGGGCACCACAAAGGACAUGAGCCAGCCUAUGCCCAAAACGGACUUGACCGAGCCCCAAUCCAAGCCUAGUCAGAGCUUGCCUUUGUUCUCCAUGGCCGGCAAGGUCUGCGUUGUCACGGGAGGAGCACGAGGAAUUGGCCAAAUGAUCUGUCGAGCUUUCCUCGAGGCCGAAUGCACCCAGCUCGCCAUUCUCGAUCUCAAGAAGGAGGACGCCGAGGCCACCGCUCGAGAGCUCGUCCAAGCUUUCGAAGAGCAAGGUCGACCCAAGGGUUCGAUCCGAGCGAUCGGAUUGGGCGUCAAUAUUGCCGACGAGACGAGCGUUCAGGCAGGCUUCAAGAGCGUGAUGGAAGAGUUCGGACAGGUGGAUACCGUCGUUAACAGCGCGGGCAUAGUGGAGAAUUUCACUGCUGAAGCUUACCCCACCGAUCGACUGAAGAUGCUCUGUGACAUCAACAUCAUGGGUUCCUUUUAUGUCGCUCGGGAAUCGGCCAAGGUCAUGAAGCCCGGCUCAUCCAUCGUCAUGAUCGGAUCGAUGUCCGGGGUCGUCAUCAACGUUCCCCAGCCCCAGACUCCUUACAACUUCUCCAAGGCAGCGGUCAUCCACAUGGUCAAGUCUUUAGCCGUCGAAUGGGCUCCCAAGGGGAUUCGAGUGAACGCAGUGUCGCCCGGCUAUGUGUUGACCAACCUCACGAAAGUGAUUUUGGAUAAACCAGAGAACCAAGCGCUCAAGGAUGAGUGGAUCAACAGGAUCCCAAUGGGUCGAAUGGCUGAUCCUAACGACCUGAAGGGACCUGUUCUGUUCCUAGCGAGCGACGCUGGUAGCUAUACAACCGGCUCGAACAUGAUCGUCGACGGAGGAUACACUUGUAUUUGAUAUAGAGGACAACGUCAGCAGCAUGCGCGCGUCCGAUGAUUUGAUACGAUAGGAAUGGAAAACAUGGGAAGAAAGAGAGGAUGAGACCAUGAUAGUAGCCUGCUCAGGUGUCAAUUUGAUCCCGAGCCAUCAUGCAUGAUCAACCGCUCGCCUCUUCUGAGUCGGCGGCCUGAACUGCGUAGGUGUCGCUUGCACGUUUCGUCUGAUGUCCAUGCCGAGCG